AUGAGAAAUCCAGAUUGGCCCUCUCUUAGGGUUAUUCUUAUUCCUCGAACGCAUGUUGACACAAUUUGGCUAAAAUCUUUUGAAACGUCACACAAUGAAAGUGUACAGAAAAUUAUUACGAAUGUUAUUAAAAAACUACAAUUUUAUCCAAAUCUUACAUUUACUUGGAACGAAGUGUCACACUUGAGUUACUGGUGGAAAAAUGCAUCACAAAAGAGACGUGUGAGUUUGCGUCGGCUAAUUAGGGAGGGCCGGCUUGAAAUCACAACAGGGGGUUGGGUGGAAACUGAUGAAGCUACGUCGAGCUUAUUUGGCAUUUUACAUCAAUUUACAGAGGGGCAUCAAUGGUUGGAUCAGUUUAUAAAAUAUAAACCAAAGGUAGCUUGGCUCACUAAUAGUGUGACUCAUAGUCCUACCUUUCCAUAUAUGUUGUCAGCGAUUGGAAUUUCAGAGAUGGUUUUUACAAAACUCCACUUUGCUUUAGAAGAAUAUUUUGCUGAGUUUCAAUAUAGUGAUUUUAUCUGGCUGCAGAGUUGGGACAACGAUAAGAAGACACAAACCGAUAUCAAUUUAUCUCUGAACAAGAUUGGAAUUGAUCGAUAUCCUAAGCAUGCUGUACUAACACAUUUCAUACAAUUUAACUCUGAUGGCUUUAAGGCUUGUGGUCCCGACAGUAAAAUAUGCAGCGAAGACUUUAACUUCGCAAAUAAAGUCACUGAUGUUAACCCGUAUAACAUUAAGGACAAGGCUGAAUCAUUAUUGCAGCAAUACUCUAAAAGUGGUACACUAUCACCUCAUAACAUUAUUAUGGCUCCAAUUGGAGGACCCCUGCAUUUUGAAAGUCAAACUGAAUUUGAUUAUCAAUAUAAUAAUUAUUUAAAUAUUGCAGACUUUAUCAAUGUUAAUCAAAAUAUUUACAAGGCUACCGUGCAGUUUGGUACGCCUUCUGAUUAUUUCACAACUGUUACUAAGAGGCACAAGUCCUUUCCCACAUUAUCUGGUGAUUUUAUGAACUUUGCUGAAAUAAAUAAAAAACGUCCAGCGUAUUGGACAGGCUAUUUUACUUCACGACCUAUGGUAAAAAUUCUGCUAAGGCGCCUUCAAGCUACAUUGCGUUCAACAGAAAUUUUAUUCUCAUUUACUUCUACAUUAAAUGCAUUUAGAAAUUAUAAUAAAUCAGAAUUGAUCAGCAAACUUAGAAGGGUAAGAGAAACUGUUGCUCGAUUACAGGAUAGAAACGUUGUAAGUGGAACUAUGUCUUCGAAAAUACUUAAUUACUUAUACAAUUUGAUUUUGAUAACAGUGAAAGAUUGUUGGCAUAUUCAAGAAAUUGCAGCUAGUCUACUCAGCACUAAACCCGAUCAAAAUGAAAAAUAUCUCACAAAAUAUGUCUAUAAAGAAGGGGAAUUCAUUUCUUCAUUUAAAUCAAUUGAACCAGGAGAUCAACUUUAUGUUUUUAAUUCUUUUACUCAUGAAAGAACUGAAGUUGUUGAAUUAUUGACUCGACACACCAAUAUCCGUAUGGUUGACCAUAACAAAAAGGAUGUGACCAUACAGAUUAACCCUGUUUGGAAGUAUAGUUCUACACAAAACGUCAUACGGAUAAAUAAUCAUUUUUUUAAAAUUGUUUUUGUAGUCAGAGUACCUUCUAUGACAUUGAAGCUAUAUAAAUUCAAGGAAGCUUUUGACAUAUCAAAUAGUUUACCUAUAGUUUACUGUACGUCAUGUGUUGAAGAUUCUAUGAGCUCGAGUAGUCCAUUUAGUAUUCAGCCAAUAGAACCAGGAGACAUACAAAUUGAAAAUUAUAAGUUAAGACUUAUAUUUGAUGAAUUUACUGGAUUUUUAAAGAGUGUUAUCGAAAAGGGAACCAGCAUUGAAAAACAAGUUGUUAUGAAUUAUGGAGCAUUCAGAAGUUCCGAUACUAACUCGGGAAUAUAUCUAUUUAAUACAAAUGUUACAAAACCAAUUUACGAUAUAUUAAAACAAUAUAAAUCAACCAGUGAUCUUAAAUCUAAAAUUAUUAUUAUUGUUUCGGGUAAUGUUGUAACACAUUUUACGUCCAUUUACGGAAAUCUCUUGCAGCACAGCAUUAGAAUAUGUAAUAGUAUCAACAAUCCAUUAUCGGGUGCAAUACGAGUUGAAAGCAAAGUGGAUUUUGAUGUUUCACCAAAUAAUAGAGAUUUAGAAAUGUUUAUGUUAGUGCAAACUGAUAUCGAAAAUGGUAAUCCGGCAGAAAUACAUAUUGACAAUAAUGGUUUUCAGUUCACUUCACAUAAAUUUAAUACUUCUCGAAGAAUAGAGUCAAAUAUGUUUCCAUUAACAAACAUGGCCUUUAUACAAGAUGAAAAGAAUAGACUAUCUAUCGUAACUGAUCACGCUCAAGGUGUAACUGCCUCACAGGAAGGGCAAAUACUGGUGAUGUUAGAUAGAAGAGUAUUGUUUAAUGAUGGUCGUGGAGUUAAUGAGGGUUUAGCUGACAAUAGGGUCACUAACCACAUCCAUUAUAUUUUGCUAGAGAACCUAGUGCAUCAUGACGCCUCGACGGAUAAUUUAUCUACACAAUCAAAACUUAUUUUACCUAGUUUAUUGGCAAUUCAAACGGCGAAUAUUUUGACAUAUCCUAUAGAUAUUUUUUUCAUCGACAAGCGUCAUAGUGACUCCUGUCACUAUGUUUUACUUCCUUUGUUUAGAAGUCCCUUUCCCUGCGAUGUGUUUGUUCUUAAUUUCAGAAUGUUUUUAGGGAUAAAGAGCUCUUUAGAUUCUGCUCUUUUAACUUUACAUAGGCAAAGUAUUACAUGUCAAGUGGAAACCUCCGAUUAUUUUUAUUGUAGCACAAACACGGGUUUUAACAUAGAGAGAGUUUUUCAACACAUACAUUCAGCCUUUCACACAAAUUUAGUUGGCACUAAUAAGGGUAUUCCUAUCUCUGAGAUAAAUAAUAAAAAUUUUCCUCCGAUGGAAUUGAUGUCGUUGAAAGUUAGUUUCAAUUAAUUUAGUGUCUUUUUGUGUGUAAUGCAUUGACAUACCAUGUUAUUUAUUUUUAUAUUGUAUGUAUGAGUAGGUCGAUAAUAGGUAGUGCUAAGUCCAACAAAGAUAAAAACUGUAAUAAUAGUAUUGUAGGGAAUUUGACGUUUGUGUUGUACAAAGUGUUACGUCAAGUUUUUCUUAAUUAAA